UUAAACUGGUUGCUGGCACGGGCUGGUUGGUCGGUCGGUUGAGGGUAGCCAUGGCUCGACUCGGUGCGCUACUGUUGUUACCGGUUCUUAUUGAAUCGGUAUUUUCCAUUUCUUUCUUUUUACCGGUCAACUCAAGAAAGUGUUUACGGGAGGAGAUCCACAAAGACGUCCUGGUAACGGGGGAGUAUGAAAUAACUGAACAGGCAAACACCAAAACUAAUCUGAAGAUCACAGAUUCCUCCAGCCACACUCUUUACUCCAAGGAAGAUGCAACAAAAGGAAAGUUUGCAUUCACCACAGAAGACUAUGACAUGUUUGAGGUGUGCUUUGAGAGCAAAUCACCCAUGGGGACUGGAAGAGUGCCUGACCAGCUGGUCAAUCUGGACAUGAAGCAUGGCGUGGAGGCCAAAAACUAUGAAGAGAUUGCCAAGGUGGAGAAGCUGAAGCCUCUUGAGGUCGAGCUGAGGCGACUGGAGGACCUCUCUGAAUCCAUCGUCAAUGACUUUGCUUACAUGAAGAAGAGAGAGGAGGAGAUGCGGGACACCAAUGAGUCCACCAACACACGUGUGCUGUACUUUAGCAUAUUCUCCAUGUGCUGUCUCAUUGGGCUGGCCACAUGGCAGGUCUUCUACUUGCGGCGCUUCUUCAAGGCAAAGAAGCUGAUCGAGUAGAGCGGCCCCGAGCUCCUUAACUCGGGGGAAGCUGCCCGCUGGUCAGCCAACACAUCCCAACAUCCGCCCUCCUUGGACUAGCUUCAGCAAACAACAGCAAGUGGGGUUGAGGGGCUCAAAUUCUAGUUUUCACGGCUGUAAGAGAGAGUACCAAGGUUGUCCUCUGAAAAAAUGAAUCACCUGCUUAUUUAGUGGUUUGAAACAUGAUAAGCGCUGUAGGGAGAAAUGCACUGUGAGACAUGGGAGGCGUAUGUCACUGCAGUAGUGAGAUAUUUCCACCUAAUGGUAUUUCACUUUUCUGUCUGCACUGUUUUGAAUGUUGCAGCUUACUUAAUAAGACCUUGUUCCUUCAACCAGUUUGACCAGUGAUGUUUGAUUUUGAGCUCGAUUUGAAUGGAUGUGCCAUGAGCGAAUGUCUUUUGCCCUUCUGUUGAUGUACACAUUCUUUGCCAUGCCAAGCAAACUAGAUCCUUGGUGCCCUUUUAUCAAGUGAAGGCUGUUUUGAAAAAAAGUGGUUCGUUGUUACUUAAAAAAAUCAGCAACCACUGAACUUCUGUGUUAUGUCACUUAAUUUGCAUACAUGUUUGGUAGCUAAAUUUAACCGUGUCUUUAGUUUGUUUUCAUAUUGUAAAUGCUACUUAGUUGCUUCUACAGGUAUAUUUUCGGGGGGUUGUGAGUUGUCGGAGUAAUAUUCUCUUAGUUAUAAAUUAGGUCACUUCUAUGAGCUCUUGCACGUCUUGUUUUUGAAACAUCUGAACAUUAAUUUGUCACAAAUCAAAAGUAAGGAGAAACCAAAAACCUUGUCCUUAGGAAGGAAUUUGCAGCAUUAUAUUGUAUGUAUAUGGCUAUGAGUAAUUUAACCACCUGACUUCUAUGAUACAGUUCUUAUAUACUCGUGCAGGCUUCUCUUGUCAGACAGCAGUGGAGGGUUUUUUGACAGGAAAUGUAAAAUAGGCAAUCCAAACACUUUCUGAAAUGUCCUCUCAGUCAUCGCCCCUUUUAUUCACACACUGGUAAAUUUAAUUGUCCUUUUGCAAUUUUCAAAAUGUCACUUCACAAUUACAGAGCAGAUCCAUCCAGCGUGCUUCUUUUCUUUAGAAAUACUUCUGAGGCUUGGGUUACAUGAGAAUGCGGGUGGUUGUGUUCAGAUUGUUUUCAACAGGGAUUAAUUGAGGCAUCUGUCAUGGGUACAUUUUUAACAAUGAACAUGCGCAUUGUGCGCAAAUCAAUGAUUUUUAUGUUGACUGAUAAAUUUUGUAAAUUUGUGUUGGGCUUUUAUUCAAUAAAAUAUUGGAUGGAUUUACAUUA